UAGACAAAGCUCCUCCCUCCAUAUCCCCAGUCCUUUCUCAACACCUUCUGUCACACCUAGUGGUGGCUGCUCUCCAAACAACCACUUUUCACGAGACUGGAGGCCUGCUCCAAACACGAGGCACUCCACUGAUGGAGACAAGUUUGCAAAUGCUUCCAAGACUAUGUCAAGUUUGAGGUAGGCAGUGAGGACUGAUGCUAUUUCUGCCCUGGACAGCUGCUUGCCUUCUGCCUUACAGUACUCAGCUGUGACUAAUAGAAGAAAACUUUGCAUUGGUACAGCAGUGGAAGCUUGAGGCAAGACACCCAGUCCACUUGUAAGAGGAUGAUGCCAUUAAGAAGUGCAGACUCUUCAACAGCUUCUAGUAACUAGCAGAAUGAAUCUUAACUACAUCAUCACCUGUUUACUACGACUCUUGCAUGUGAUUUAAAUUAAUUUAUUGAGAGAAACCUUCAUAAAGGGCUAAAUAAACAAGGUCUACAUAUACAAAAAUUUCUUCUGCUGCAUUUGAGACACAGCUGAACUUAUCUGUCUGGAAAUCUGAAGACUUUUAUAGCAAAACCUCCAGUGUCAAAAUGAACACAGAUAGCGGUGGGUGUGCUCGCAAACGUGCUGCAAUGUCUGUCACAUUAACAGCUGUGAAGAGGGUUCAGAGUUCUCCAAACCUAUUGGCCUCAGGGUCUGAUUCUCAGUCUCCAGAUUCAGCUUGGCGAUCUUACAAUAAUGGCAGUAGAGAGACACUGAAUGGAGACGCUAGCAGUUCAUCUCUUUCAGCAAAAGGUUUUAGGAGCGUGCGGCCAAAUCUACAGGAUAAAAAAUCACCAACUCAGGCACCUCUGCCACCUCCUAGAAAAGAAAGCUUUCGGAAAGGAAGAGUAACUAAUCACGAGAACGAAAUUAAUCUCCAGGCAGUAACUGCUGGUCCAGCUAAACACCUCCCCACAGAUACUGCCUAUUACUCUUGCGAGACGUCUGUUCAGGAGACAAUGUCUUCUGAGAUAUCUAACACAAGUGUGUCCUAUGCACAAAAAAUCAUUAAACCACUGACCUCAGUCUCCAGUGCAGACAAAAGCACAGUAGCUGGCAUUAGUGCUACUCUCCAUCAAGGCCAAAGGCAACAGUCUCAAAAACGUAAGAUAUCUACCCUGAAAUUAACCCGGACACGUGACCCGGCAAGUAGCAUUCCUUGUAAUGCACAGCAACAGCUCAAGCCUGUUGAAGAGCCAGUAUUUUCACAAAGGCCUAUCUCACCUGCCUGUACCCCCAUGCCUGAGAUACACACAGCAUCUCUUUCCGUUCAAAUAGUUCCCACCCCUGACAAUAAAGCAGAGCCUGAAAUCCAAGAUCAUCCACCUAGUAUUUCUCCAGACACUUCAAAGAUGUCUUCAAAGGAUUUGGGACAAAAGUCUACAGUUCUUCCUUCUUCACAGGCUGCAGAAUGCCAUGUGCUUGGAAACCAGAAAGUAACUGCCCCUGUGAUGGAGGCUCAGAUCACAGUGAAUGGGAAUUCUGGCACUGCUGCCAGCCCAGUGAGUCACUUUCAAAGGCCUUUUUCCCCUUCUUCAGCUUACCCUCCACCAGCUUCACUCAAUUCCAACAUUGUUAUCAUGCAGCAUGGCAGGAUGAUGGAGUCCACAGAGACAUACUCACAGCAUGUUCAGAAUGUUGGCAGCACCACCACCACCAGUACAAUACCAAUCUGUAGAUCCUCAGAAGAAGAAAAAAAAAUUACAGUAAUUAAAGCUCCACAUUAUGCAGGGAUUGGCCCGGUAGAUGAAUCUGGAAUCCCUACAGCAAUUAGAACGACAGUUGACAGGCCAAAGGAUUGGUACAAGACAAUGUUCAAGCAAAUCCAUAUGGUUCAUAAGCCUGAUGACGACACAGACUUGUAUAAUACUGCAUAUGCAUACAAUACUGGUAGCUACAGUCCAUCCUUCUCUGCUCAGGCACACCCAGCUGCAAAGACACAGACGUACAGACCACUGUCCAAAAGCGCUUCUGACAGUGGCUCUGAUGCCUUUAAGGUCUCGUCCCCUUUGCCACCCCAUGUGCCACCACCGGUACCACCACAUCGUAUGCGCCAACGGUCUACACCAGAAAAGAAUGACUGGGAUCCUCCUGACAGAAAGGUAGAUACUCGCAAGUUCCGUUCUGAACCAAGAAGUAUUUUUGAAUAUGAGCCGGGAAAGUCAUCAAUCCUUGAACACGAAAGACCGACUGAUCGCAUAAACCCAGAUGACAUAGAUUUAGAAAACGAACCCUGGUAUAAGUUCUUUUCAGAGCUGGAGUUUGGACGUCCGCCACCUAAAAAGCUUUUGGACUAUGUUCAAGACAGUUCAACUGGUGUUUCCUAUGAGGCUUCCUUGUAUCAUCACUAUUCAACAGACAGAGGCCUGGACAGGCCCUCCAGUUCUGCAAGCACUGCGAGUGACUACAGAAAGCGAAGGAAGUCAGAACCUACUGUAAGUCAUCAGAGGGCACACAGUGAUCAGAACGCCAACAGACCUAACCUGGGCCGUACAGACACACAGGGCCCAUCUACCACCCUUAGGAAGCCUUUAACUAGCUCAUCUCCUUCUUCUCCAUCAAGAGCAAAAGGUGGGGAUAUUAGCAAAGUAUAUCCAUCCCUUUUAAGUUACUCGGUGCACAACCACAACACCUCAAAUGAAUUAGAUUACUGUAGCACUUACAGACAACAUUUAGCUGUUCCAAAUGAUUCAAGAAGGGCAACCAGCUACAAAAAUGGCUGGCAAAUGACUCGCCAAAAUGCAGAAGUCUGGAGUAGCACAGAGGAAACCGCUUCUCCAAAGAGGAAAUCUCGUAGCUGUGACGACCUCUUAACAGAUGAUCACGAUAGCUAUCCCGAUGCACAGGCCAAGGCUGAAAGCAUGGGCUCUCUGUUAUGUGAGGAGGACUCCAAAGAAAUUUGCUCAAUGAACUGGAACUCCCCUUAUGUUGAGGGCCGUGGUAGUGGUAGGUCAAGAGUUCGUCACAGAUCUGCACACGAUGCUCCAGGUUUCCUGAAGAUGUACAAAAAGAUGCACCGCAUCAAUCGCAAGGACUUGAUGAAUUCUGAAGUGAUUUGUUCUGUCAAGUCCAGAAUACUGCAGUAUGAAAAAGAACAGCACAAAGGUAUUCUUCAAGGCUGGAGAGAGUCUUCUACUGAGGAGGUGCCCAGAGACAUGGUGCCAACCAGAAUAUCUGAAUUCGAAAAGUUAAUUCAGAAGUCAAAAUCAAUGCCGAACCUUGGUGAUGACAUGUUGUCAACUGUUACGUUAGAGCCUCCUAAAAAUGGCUUGUGUCCAAAGAGGCGAUUUUCUAUCGAAUCCCUGCUGGAAGAAGAAUCUCCAGUCAGGCAUCCCUCUCAGGUACAACGGAGCUACAAGUCUAAAACCCUGGUGCCAAUUCAUAUUGAAGUGACCAGUGAUGAGCCACAACGAUCACAUAUAGAUUUUUCAGACAGCGAUCAAGAUGGAGUGGUUUCUGAUCUCAGUGACUUUAUCCAGAUAGAGGGUUCAUCCUUUUGUAGUGAAAGUGACUUCGAUCACUUUUCCUUCACUUCAUCUGAAAGCUUUUAUGGAUCAGGCCAUCACCACCACCACCAUCACCACCACCACAGGCAUCUCAUCAGCUCCUGCAAAGGGCGAUGCCCAGCAUCCUACACCCGCUUCACCACCAUGCUAAAACAUGAAAGGGCUAAGCAAGAAACCACUGAGGAUCCAAGGAGACAGGAAGCAGAAUCUGGCCUGUCUAAGAUAGCAUUCCUCGUCAGUCCAGUGCCUUUCCGCAGGAAAAAAAGUGCAGCUCCUAAAAAACAAACUGAAAAGAAAAAAUGCAAGUCAUCUGUAUUUGAAGCACUAGAUUCUGCACUUAAAGACAUCUGUGACCAAAUUAAAGCUGAAAAAAGGCGGGGAAGCUUGCCCGACAACAGUAUAUUACACAGACUUAUUACUGAGCUGCUUCCAGACAUUCCAGAAAGGAAUUCAUCUCUUAAAGCUCUGAAAAAGAGUCCCACGCACCAGCCUUUUCAUCCACUGCCUCAAGAUGGUGCUAUCCAUUGUCCACUGUACCAGAAUGAUUGUGGAAGAUUACCUCUUAGUGCCUCUUUUCCAGACAUGGAUGCAACUAACAACAAUGAUAGUGCACUGUGUUUCCAAGUAGACCAGGAGUCUCCUGGAAGCUAUUCUUCUGCUUUCACUGAUGUGGGAAGAUGUACUCCAAGGGAGAGAAGAGGAACUACAGACAAAGAGAAACUGCCAGCUAGAGCUGUAUAUGACUUUAAGGCUCAAACUUCUAAAGAGCUGUCCUUUAAGAAAGGAGAUACUGUCUAUAUCCUCAGGAAAAUUGAUCAAAACUGGUAUGAGGGUGAGCACCAUGGAAGAGUUGGAAUAUUCCCAAUUUCUUAUGUUGAGAAACUUUCUCCCCCUGAAAAAGCACAGCCUGCCAGGCCACCUCCCCCUGCACAGAUUGGUGAGAUUGGGGAAGCUGUUGCCAAAUAUAAUUUCAGCGCAGACACAAAUGUGGAGUUAUCACUUAGAAAGGGAGACAGAGUAAUUCUUCUUAAGCGAGUUGAUCAAAACUGGUAUGAAGGUAAAAUACCAGGAACCAACAAACAAGGCAUCUUCCCUGUUUCCUAUGUAGAAGUCAUCAAAAAGAAUCCAUCAAAAAAUGUUGAUGACUAUCCUGACCCUCCAAUACCACAAAGUUAUUCUAGUGACAGAAUACAUCAUUUAAGUUCAACUAAGUUGUCUUCCCAAGCACUGACCCCACUUUCCAGACAACCUCCCUCGUCUUGGUCACACACUGAUCAAAAGAUUCUCCAGGCUGACUCUAGUGACUUGUUCUCAAGGACUGUUGGGCUUUCACCUUCAGGCAUGCGCAGCUUAACUCCUCCAUCAGUUCCAGACAGUUUUCUUUGUGACUUAGAAGAACUCAAUUCUUUGGCAUUAGCAGCCUCCCAAACUGUUGCAAUCUCCCCAGAUAACAGCAUUCACCAUGUUAAGGAUGGUCACUUUGUGCCAAAUACAGAGGUGUUUCUCAGCUUUCCUACAGCUCUUCCUCUGUCCUUUCUUGUAUCUCCCUCUGUCUCAUCUUCAGCCAGCUCAUCUCAUGACAAAGCAUAUAAGCAUGUCAGCAAAAAUACCAAGUUAGGAAAAGAUAAAAACUUAGAAGACAUAAUUGACCCUUUAGUUAUUGAAGAAUCUAGAGAUUUGUCAGAUACUACAGGAGAAGGUGAACGUGGUGCUAUCCAUAAUAUCCCUUCACCAUAUGAAGAAGGUUCCUUGUCCAGUGUGCUAGCUGCAAGUGCUGAAAAUGAAGAGGAAAUCUGUACUGCAGACCUGUCACUUAAUAGAGGGGAUCAGUCAGAACUUCAAGAAUCAGAUUUCUCUGAAGAAACACAAGACACAACAGAAGAACUGACUAGACUGUAUAUAGAUGAGGAUCUGGUAAAUGACUAUUUAGAAUUCCCAAUAGCAAGUGGAGAAGAUCCUGUGGAUUGUUAUGAAGGAUAUACUUCACCAGAUAUUGAUAAGGCACCUACUUCCCACUCGGUUCCUACAAUAUCCCUGUCUACUGCUUCCCUCUCACCUCCUCUCCUCUCUAAACCCUUACAUCAGCAGGAGAAAGACUCACUACAGUUAAAGGCUAAUUUAAAGAGGGAGAUAUUUGUUAUGGGUAAACCUCCUCGUAGCCCAGUGAUGACUACGAGAUCCUGCAGCUCUCCUGUCAGAGGUCACAGCUAUUCACACAGGCCACAGCGCCCUGUGCUUUCUCAUGAAAAUAUACACAGUGGGGGGGAACCGUUUCAGGCUCUAUAUAACUAUACUCCUAGGAACGAAGAUGAAUUGGAGCUCAGAGAGGGAGAUGUCAUUGAUGUGAUGGAAAAAUGUGAUGAUGGAUGGUUUGUGGGAACCUCAAGAAGAACCAAAUUCUUUGGUACUUUCCCUGGAAACUAUGUCAAGAGGCUGUGAAAUUUUUUUUUCUACUUAUUUAUGCUGCAUCUCUGCAACACAUCUGCAUAAAGCUGCUAGAAAACAUGCUACGCUGGCCUUCUGUUUUCUUGCUUGCAGUCUCAAAUAGAAGCCAUCUAGUUCAUCCUCAUCCCAUCCCACCCGCCAAACCGUUCCAGCAGUAUUACAGCAACGACCACAGUGUGAAUAACUAAGCUUUUCUGAGACAAGAGGAAUCAUUUCAGCAUUUAAAUACUCCCUGCUUUAAAGUCUUUUCAUGUGAAACACAAUAGGAGAAGCCUGAUGACAGGUACACAGAUGAGUUGCCAUGGGGGGUAGGGGGAAAGGGGGGAAAUUAUUCCUGGUUUGAACAUUUGUGGUACUACCAUGAAGUCUGGUGGGAUUUUUUUCAGCAUGCAUGUAAUACAGAGGAAAGUUGCUGUUUACUAUUUUUUAAAAAAUUGAUUUUACACAUUCUUAUUAGCUUGGCAGCAUUUGUUGCUUCCACAUUGCUGUGUCACGGGUUUGCCUAUUGUACUGGUUUACAAUGUAUGACAAACUAUAAUAUAGAUUUUUUUGCCUGCACUUGUAUGCUGUAACAAAUGCACAGUGAUUGUAAAAUCUCAAGGAAGCAAAGUGAAAAAUGGAAGAACUGCAAGUGUUCUGAAUGGGUGCAAUGGUAUUGGCUAAAUCUUUUGUCUUUUCCCUCAUGAAAAACUGUAGUGAACAUGUAGUUUUUUUCUGUUAAAAGGUAAGAAGUACAAAAGGCAGAAAGAUUUGGGAAAGAGGAUUUAAGGAAAAGCGAGACAAUGCUGUAAGCAUAGACAAUAAAAACCUGCUAUUGAUGUCUGAUAUUAAAUGGUUGUAAUCAAAAUGUUGUAAUAGUAAGCACCAUGAAGUAUAAGAGGUUAGUGUUUUUACUUAUCAGGAAAUUAAAGAAGCAGGAAGAUAAACAGUGUUAGUGCAAAGGGUUGUUGGGUUUUGGUUUUUUUUUCUUUCCUAACAUAGCCACCUGAAAAAUAUUCACAAGCAUCAUGUACUGAUUUAUUUCACUAUAUAUGUGUAUGUAUGUUAAUGAAACCCAAGUUACACAUUCUUUUUAGGAAUUUAGACAGAAAAAAGUCACAAGUAUUAAAACUGAUAUAUUUUAGAGGUGUUGGGUUUGGGUUUUUUGUGUGAAUGAACAAGUGUUUGAAACAUACAUUUUCCAUAAGCAAAGGUAAGCAUAAAUAGCAAAUGAAAUUAAGGCACAGAAUGAUAAUGACUAUGGCUUUAUAAAAAUAAAAAUUUGGAUUUGGUUUCUUUGGCACCUUACAGAUGGCAAAAGCUUCUGCUGCAUUUCUCAUGGGAAAAGGAUCAAAAUUAUCAAAAUGUAUGUAGUCUCUGUAGCAUUUUGUAUAUAAUUUUGCUUUUUUGUACAGAGCCAUUCGGUUGUUGAUUUUUAAAAGAUUAAGUUUCUUAUUUGCCCUCUUCACAUACAGAACAUUUCAAUGCGUUUUUCUUUUCUUGCUCUGUUUACCAUAAGCACAUCUGGAUAGUGCAAUUCUGUAAGAUAGCAUUUUAUGCAAAAUUUUAUUAAUUAAAAUAUGGUUUACCAGCCAAAUCUAAAUGUACAUAUGUCUUUAUUACUGAGAAAGGUCAUUAAGGCAAAGGUAAAGAAACAUCUUUGUGCAGCAUACCUUUAUUAUUGCAGAUUUCAUGGCAAAAGCUUUAUAUUCAAAGGCUUUCAAUUUUAAACUAGAUCUGCAUGCAGCUUUGCUGUGAGAUUAAUACUAUCUUUGAUGCCAUUUAUGAUUGAGGACUUAAAUAUCUGUUGCCUGUGAUAUUUAAAAAGUACUGUUUCUACUCUGUAUCUGAUUUUAGAAAAUGCAGGGUUUUCAUACCUGGCUUUCAGGUAACUGACUUUGAAUUCCUACAAGCAAAAGGUCUCUGUGGUUUUUUUUCCUGAAUAGACUUCUAAUAAAUUUUGCUUGGAGUACAAAA